AUGUCGAGUUCCUCUUCUGACCCUCCGACUGGUGUUGGCGAAACACGACGAAGAAGGCCUGCUGGCAUUCCCCACAAGAAAGGCGUCCCGAAGAGUGGGCCGAGUGUUCAGAAGAAAAAUUCUGGAGGGAAGGGCGACGGCGCACCGGUGAGCGAGCGAAUCGAGGCUGUCGCCGGAGACAGCUGUGCAGGACAUGGCGUUUUGCCGGAUGGGGGAGGGAGUAAGGGCGGCCAGAACUGCAGAAAAGGUGUAUGGGUCAAUCCAAAGAAGCCGAAAACGAGCAGCGCCACUGCUACCCAGGAGGGGAGUGUGAAUCCGAUGCGCACACAAGCAAAUGUGAGAAUUGCGAUUGAUGCUUGUCCCGCCUCUGACGAUCAUGCAGUGCCGCCUCUCGCCAACGGUCGGGGCUUUGGGAGACGCGCCAGUUGGGCUUCCCAUGCGACUCGGCAGCCAGCCCCGGCGGUGUCCCAGGAUACACACGGCCUUGCUCCGAAUAGCGUUCUUUCGAAGCCCCUUGGCGACACAGCCGAGGGCGGGGAGUUGGGAACGGAAAGAGAGAAGCUUGUGCGGCUGUGUGACCGAGAUGAACAAAUCUGGAAUGAAUGGGAGGGCGUUCGACUUCUCGGUGAGGGCGUGUAUGGCCGGGUGUAUCUAGUUCGCAAUAAAGAGACAGGAGAGGAGCGGGCAUUUAAACGCAUGUAUCUUCAGUCCUCCCGGCACGCCACAGAUGAUGACUCCGUUGCGGGAGGAGGGGUUCCAGCGGUCGUCCAGCGAGAAGUCGCAAGUCUGAAGGCACUCCGUGGGGCGCCGAACGUCAUUCGACUCGACCGCGUCUUUGUAGGCUGCCGUCGGGUCUAUUUGUCCUUUCCUGUCAUUCACGGAGGAAGUCUCACGGAACUGAUGCGGACCUACGCCUGCUGGCAGGAGCACCUUUUGUACAAUCACCAGUCUCAGCAGCACGCCCACCCUUCCGGGGGGGACCCUCCGAAACUGUUUCAUGAGCGCGAAGAGGAAGAGUCGUUGAGCGAGGACAGAGAGAAGCGUUCUUCCUCAUCACAAAAGCGAGAGAAGAAGGACGAGGAUCUCGCUUUCGUCACCGAAGCCCGAACGUCAGGCUCUUCUUCCGUGUCGCCCGGAUCGCAAACAUGGGGAGAUCCGAGAAGCCACAUUGUGUUUCCCGCUCCGUUCUCAUACCCCGAUAUGCCACCGUGCGGACUUCCUCUUGCGCUCUGUAGGACGAUCACUCAAGCUAUUCUUCGAGGUGUUGCUGCUUGUCACGAGCAUCGGAUCGCUCACAGAGACUUGAAACCGGAUAAUAUUCUGGUAGAAUGGAUCCCACAGCAUCCGCCGCCUCCCCCUCCACCGCCUCCUUCUCCUGUAUCCUCUGCCCGAUGCUAUGCUGCGAGACUUGCCUGCGGGGAAAACGACGAAGCGAGCGUAAGAGAGGAAGGACACAUGACCAGUUUGGAGUCCGGGGUGCAUCUGGCAAGUCGAUCCAAGGCUGCUGAGUUUGCCGCAGCAGCUGCCGAACUGUUGAGGACAAAAUUACUAAAGAGGAACUCGGAACUAUCAGGUGAGAGGGAAAAGGAGGAAGAAGGAUCACGAAGUGGACGAACGACUGAAGAAAGUGAAGAUGCAUCAGGAAACGCUUCUCUUCCUUCUAGAGUGGAGAAAGGAGUGGAGAGUAAAGGAGGCGCCCACUGCGUGAAACCCUCUAACGGGAGAGGAAAUCUUAUUUUGCCGAGUAAAGAAAGCAGCAGUGUUAUCGUAGCGAAAGAGGAUCUUGCAAAACCGAGUACAGGCCAAAGUCAACAAGAAGAGGGAGACAGCCGGACCUCUUCUCAGAAGACCGUCGAGGACGACGGGAGCAAAGACACAAGUCAACAGGAAGCCCCGCCCCCCUAUCCUCCUCUGCCCAGGAAGGUCGUGAUAGCAGACUUCGGCUUGGCGCGAACGCUCCCUUUCUACAUCUCUUCUUCAAUUAUGCCAAAGCAUCAGUUAUCUGCCACCGCGUCUACGACUCCUGCCGUCAUGAUGGCCUCUGAUCAGAAGACCCAAAAAGGCGGCUUUAGGCAAUCGAAAGACAUGUCCCAGAAAAGGGGGAAAGAGCCGCUCAAACCGGGAAGAAGCCUUGCUGCUACUUCGCAACCUGAUGGAAACCGUUCCUCUGGAGCGGCGCCAGGAGCGCUGCAUCGGGUGAAGAAACCUGGGAAGACCAAUGGCCGGGAAGUCGAUCAUGGGAAUAGCUCGGAGAAAACGAGAAGGCACAGCUUGGAAGGCUCCGGGACCCCGGAAUCAAGUCUGCAGUCAGACAGCGAUGAAAAUACAGCCUGGCGAACCAGCUUUUCUCUGUCCCCAGAAAUCAUCACGCUAAACUACAGGCCGCUGGAUGUUCUCCUAGGAAGCAGCUCCUACUCUCUCUGUGUCGACGUGUGGAGCGCAGGGUGCAUUCUCAUGGAACUGCUCACUGGCACUGAGUUUAUCGACGGGUGUUCGGAGUUCCAGUGUAUCAUGGCCAUCAUGCGCCUUUUCGGGAAUCCGUGGCGGCGAGAGAAACAAGAAAAGGAAGAACGCCGAAGAGAAUGCGUGGAGGAAUCUCUGACGCUGGGCAAUUCUAACGGAGAGGACGAGAGUGGGGAAAAAAGAGAGGGCGAAAAGGAAGGAAAAGGAUGCAAGGAUCCCAAAGAUGGGCCGACUGUUUACCAGCAGUCUCAAGAAGGUAGCCGAAGACCGAGUGUUCCUAAAAGAUCUCGACAAACAACCCUGACAAGAAGCAGCGAGUGGAAAUUCUGGGAUGUCCACUGCAUCGCCAAGGAAGUUGAAAUACCUGGCGUCCACACCCGCCGGUUAAGUUUCCAGGGGACUUUGGUGGCUCGGCUUGACGGAUAG